AGGAACAAACCUAGGAAAACGUUUACUCCUAUAUCAUAGCCAAUACUUGCGCUCAUUGUCACUGCAUUCUGUAAUUGGCCGCGCCCGAGGCUCUUCCCACUCGGAUAAGCAUAUAACUAUAUACCUUGCUGGCAGGAACUAGUACCGGCAGUCUCCAACAUGACUGAGCAACUCCCCCCGUAUACUACGCUUCCACAGCCAGAGCCCGAACCACCGCAGUAUACUCUUCCAGAGACAUUCAACAUCGGACGAUGCAACACGCAGCACCUCGUCCGCCCAGAUCAGCUCAAGGCCCAUCUUCAGCUUCUGGCAGCGUUCAGCCACCUUAAGCAGGGGUUCGAGAGGUGGUGUUUGACAAUCAAGCAAUCUGAUACAGUAGAGCAACGACUGCCUCCCAUUGAUGUCACCAUGGUGUGGCACUCCUAUCUCCUGAAUCCGAGGCAAGCAUACACCGCGCGGAUCUCCAAGCUCAAACCUCUCGCUCAUUUCACUGAUUACUUUCCUAACCUCCUCGUGCGCCACAACACUUUGAACGAUGUCCCGAGCUCGCUGAACGAACUUCUCGGGCUAUACAAGUUUGCGAAAAACAUAGUUGAACCAACAGCGCCUGAUACAUAUCUGGCUGCAACUCUACAUACACCACGUAACAUCUACGACACUGGGCGCGGAGACACGAUCAAGAAGCGCGUCCUCAGCUCGUAUAUCAUUUUCCAGAAUAACGAGGCAAGUGAUCCCGUGCGCCAGAUCUUGAUAAACGUCCAGUAUGACGCUGCGCGCAUGCGUACCGUACUGAACAAGCAUUUGAAGCCAAGAUUGUUGAAUAAGAUCAUGGGUGCCUACACGGACGACAGGGUGUUUUCACUCGAUUUGGUCGGUGCUGUCCUCCGACAAGCAUCGUUUGUGAAGAAGAUGGUCAACCUUGGGUGGACCGAGCCAGGAUAUUUUGCUAGCGAGGUAGAUACAGUGGCGCUGCAGCAUUGCAUAGCUCGGUAUCACGCCUUUUUGAACAUCAUGGCAGAGUCUCCUGCCUCGUUCUUCGUGCCCACGCUCGACAUCGAUCUCGGGUGGCAUACCCAUCAACUCAUGGCGAGUCAGUAUCAAAAUGACUGCCUCUCGCUCGUGGGACGAUAUGUUAAUCAUGAUGACAAAGUGGAAGAAGGUCAACUUGCGACCUCCUUCGACAUUACCUGUCGUGCUUGGAACGACCGUUAUCGCGUACCCUACUGCACUGCGGGUGUCCACUGCCAGGAGACACAAUCGGCCAAAGCUCCGACGCCUCGUCUCCUCUCAACCACCAGCAACGUGCUUUUACUCCCUCCCAAAUCUGACGCACGUGCUGCUACGCACCCAAGUGAUCACAACGCCGUGUUUGCCCUGCACAAUAUGUCCGCAAGCCUGCGUCAACGGAAGAACCGUGCACGCAAGGCAGAGAUCCGGAGACUGCGUGCAGAGCGGAACGGGAGGGCUGUGAAGAGGGAUGGGGAUGUUGAUCAUGGGAUUGCAUUUUUGUAUCCUGUGCCGAUGUUCUAUUACUACGUGGUGAUGCGUUGCUGCUGCUGGAGCGGUGGUGAAUGGAGGUUUGGGGUGUGCAGCGGCGGAGGUGGGGGGGGUGGUUGUGGAGGCGGAGGCGGUUGUGGAGGUGGAGGCGGUUGUGGGGCGGGGGCGGAGGCGGCUGUGGCGGCGGGAGGUCGAUCAACAACGUUGUCGUAG